AUGGAACCUAGUAACAAUGUCACAGAGUUUGUCCUUCUGGGUCUCACACAGAAUCGUAAUGGACAGAUGGCAUUAUUUGUCAUGUUUUUACUAAUCUACACUGUAACAAUGGUGGGCAACGUGCUCAUUAUGAUCACUGUCAUCACCAGCCCCUCUUUGGGCUCCCCAAUGUAUUUCUUCCUUGCCUGUCUGUCAUUCAUGGAUGCCGUUUAUUCCUCUGUCUUCUCACCCAAGUUGCUUAUCGACCUGCUCAGUGGCAGAAAUAUCAUCUCUUUCCAAGCCUGCAUGUGUCAGCUCUUUAUGGGACACCUAUUUGGUGGUGCUGAGGUCUUCCUUCUGGUGGUGAUGGCCCUUGACCGCUAUAUGGCUAUCUGCAAGCCUCUGCACUAUUUGACCAUCAUGAAUCAGCGAGUUUGCAUCCUCCUGCUGGUGAUAUCCUGGGCUGGAGGUUCUAUACACUCUGUGGUUCAAUUUGUCUUUGUGUCUAGUCUCCACUUCUGCGGGCCCAAUGUCAUUGACCAUUUCAUCUGUGACAUGUACCCACUGUUGGAGCUUGCGUGCACUGAUACCUACUUUAUUGGCCUGACAGUAGUCGCCAAUGGUGGAGCCAUCUGCUUGAUGGUCUUUAUCCUCCUGCUCUUCUCCUAUGGCUUCAUCCUAAACUCUCUUAAAACUCACAGUCAGGAAGGGAGAAAAAAAGCUCUUUCUACCUGCAGCUCCCACAUCACCGUGGUUGUGCUCUUUUUUGUUCCCUGUAUUUUUGUGUAUGUUAGACCUGUUUCCAACUUUCCUGUUGAUAAAUUAAUGACUGUGUUCUACACAGUUAUUACCCCUAUGCUGAAUCCAUUAAUAUAUACUUUGAGAAAUUCAGAGAUGAAAAAUUCUAUGGAAAAAAUUUGGUGUCAAAAGUUAACUAUGGAGUGA